GGCUCUAUAAUCCAUUGGAUUGUCAGACGCUGACCGGUUUUCAUCCGUACACUGGUCGCGUCGCAAGCACUAGUCUUGAUCAUCGCGAAUAUCAAAGACCGAAAGUCACGUUAAUUCGUAAAGCUUCAUCCGGGACUAAAACAAGUUUCAACAUUUCGCAGCGACUCGCCGAUCAUGCGGCUCCAAUCAGAAGUUUUAAUUGCAGGAUAUUUACUGUGCCUCUCGAUUGCGGUAGUGUUUAUAAAAGAAAAUGCCUGCGCCGUGGCGCAAAAUCCCGCACAAACGAGUAAUUCUUCACGAAUUAAUUCUCAAGUUGAAGACGACGAAGAUUUUGUGCCCUAUCAAGGCGAACGCUUGACUAUAUUUGAUUGGAUUUUAUUUAGGACUCUGAGUAAAGCAAAUAGUGGAAAUGUACUACUGUCGCCAAUAUCCAUAAAAUUAGCAUUAGUGCUCCUUUAUGAGGGAGCUCAGGAUCAAACCGCACACGAACUUGCCGGAGCAAUGCCCCUUCCAGUCAGCAUGCUAGCCACUCGAGAGAAGUUCAGCAAUAUUCUGACAUCUUUGCAGGCUCCGUCUUCUGCGUACACUUUAAAUUUAGGUUCGCGCAUUUAUAUCGACAAUAAUAUAUCGACUAGACAACGCUAUUCAGCGACGGUGAAAACCUUUUACCAUACCGAUGUGAUUAACGAUAAUUUGUCUGACACGCACGCAAUCGCGAACAAAGUUAAUACUUGGAUUAAUAAUAUUACGAAUGGACACAUCGAAAAGAUAAUAGACGAUGAGAAAGGUCUGGAGGACUCGGUGAUGCUGAUCGUGAAUGGAUUAUUCUUCAAAGGCGCUUGGCGCCGCAGAUACUUUGCGCCGGAGAACACUCGAGUUUCCAAAUUUCACAUUAACGUUAAUGAAAGCGUAGACGUGCCGUACAUGUACACCGUGAAUCGAUUUUAUUACACCGAAUCGUCCAGGCUUGAUGCGAAGAUUCUGCGGAUUCCGUACGACGGCUCAAAAUUCGCUAUGUACAUUAUACUGCCACAUACGCUGACAGGCGUGGAUCACAUUGUCGACGAGAUCAAUUCGUUCACAUUGGCGAGAGAUGUAUGGGCUAUGCAGGAAUUGCCUCUUAAUGUUUGGAUCCCAAAGUUCAAAUUCGAGUUUACGAGCCACCUGGAAAAUACUUUGCGCGAACUUGGUAUCCGCGAUAUUUUCGACGACACCGCGCUACUGACGGGUAUAGCGAAAACGAAACGAGCCUCCAGACAUUUGCGGGUGUCCGAUGUCUUGCAUAAGACUGGGAUAGAGGUGAACGAAAAUGGGACGACUGCCUACGCUGCAACAGAAAUACAGAUUGGAAAUAAGAUAGAUGACGGCACAUUUAACGCCAACCAUCCGUUCGUGUUUUACAUCGAAGAUGAGACUACCGGUACCAUCCUUUACAUAGGAAAAUUUCAAAAUCCCUUAAAGACAUCUGGAACUACUGGGAAAGUGCAGCAGCAAUUUCCGUCGCGAUUUAACCCGGAUACGGCGACCGUAACUCCCAACCCCGUUCCAGCUGCAUUUAGUACCGAGGAUCGAUACUCGUUUUUCAACAUUCAUCUCCUGCAGAGAGUAAGCGAGACCGUCGAGGGUAAUCUGAUACUAUCUCCCGCCAGCGUGAAAAUCGCCCUUACGAGUCUGGUGGAGGGCACGGGUGGUCAAACACGUCACGAGCUUCUUGCAGCCCUAAGAUUACCGCCAGAUGAAUAUAUCAUCAGGAGAAUAGCGAGACGCGCUCUUACAUCCCUAAAAAGUCAACAAAAUGGCACGGAAAUCGACGUAGCAACUCGUUUGUGGACCAAUCCGUCUCUCGCGGUAUCUACUAAUUAUAUGACCGCCUUGCGUAAUUAUUACGGAGCCGAUGUCCAACAGCUGAAUUUCGGAAAUGCAAACGACGCAGCCAACAUCAUCAACUCGUGGGUUCGCGAGAACACGCGGAAUAACAUCAAGUCGAUUAUCCAGCCAGGCACUCUUAGCGCCGAUACCCAGAUAGUGUUAACUUCGGCCUUGUACUUCAAGGGACGAUGGUUGAAAGCUUUCGACAGGGACGCCACGCGUGUACGGUGCUUCCGUGUUCCUCAGAGCGGCUGCCAAGAUGUUUUUAUGAUGGAGAACGCUUCCAAGUAUCGAUAUGGCUAUAUAGCUUCUCUUGACGCUGAUGUAGUGGAAAUCCCGUACUCGAAUGGCAGAACGUCUAUGUUAGUAUUCCUCCCAUCUCAUGAAGAGAGCGAUCCGCAUCUUCACAUUCUGUCUAAUGAUCUGUCAUAUGCACCGAUGAGAACGCUGCUGACUAGUCUUAACGAAACUGAUCUGAUACUUGGUAUUCCGCGAUUUAGCAUCGAGAGCAAAUUGGAUUUGCAUUCACCUUUGACGCACAUGGGCGUACAAGACAUUUUCAGCCCGGCAGCAAAUUUCACUGGAAUCACAUCUAAUGACUACUUACGAAUAGGAAAUAUAAUUCAAAAUGCUAAAAUAGAAGUUGACGAGGAGGGAACCAUCGCUGCUGCGGUGACAGAACUUGUGGUUGUACCACUCAUGGCUAACAUGGCGCCAACUUUCAGAGCAAACAGACCAUUUAUCUUUGCCAUUGUUGAUCUGGUAACAAGCGAGACUCUUUUCGCUGGUCGUUUCAUGGGUCCUAAUGCGGGCAAUUCCAGAACAAUUUAGAAAUAAGCCUACUACUCAUCUACAACUAUUUUUGUAAACUAUUUUUGUUUGUUUUAAAAAAUGCUUAAGAUAUGCAGGAUUAUCACUUACAGGGUGAGACGCAAUAUGUCACAUCAGUCGCAAUACUUCACAAGUUUUUAUAAGAUAAUUAAAUGGUAUGACAUUUUGUGCCCCAUCCUGGACAUAUACUGCUUUCUAAGACAAAAAUGAUUCUGUUACAACUACAGAAUGAUUGUUUACUUCUUUACAUACAAAUAAACAAUGAAUUGAAAUAAAUAUGAAGUAUAUCGUAUAUCGUUUCAUAUAUUAUAAUAUUGCGACAAUACACAAAAUAAAAAUAUAUUACAGAAACUGAAUAAAUUUACCAAGGUUGAUUCA